CGGGGAGCCCAUCGAGGUGUCCCACAGGCGGGCCCGCGAUGGAGCUGGGGCGGCUGGAGUACCUGCAGGCGCUCGUCACCGAGUUCCAGAGGCCAAGGAGCAGGUGCUGGCGAACCUGGCCAACUUCGCCUACGAUCCCAAAAACUACGAGUACCUGCGGCAGCUCCAGGUGCUGGAUCUGUUCCUGGAUAUGCUCACCGAGGACAACGAGACCCUGGUGGAGUUUGCCAUUGGUGGUCUUUGUAACCUGUGCCUGGAUAAAACUAACAAAGAGUACAUCCUGGAGGCCAACGGGGUGGAACCCAUCAUCAACUGCCUGUCCAGCCCCAACGAGGAGACCGUGGUGUCGGCUGUCACCACGCUGAUGUUCCUCACCACGCCGCAGUCCCGGCACCAGACCACGGCCCUGCCCGUGGUGGAGUGCAUGCUCCGCUUCUCCCUCUCGGCCAACAGACGGCUCAGCAACCUGGCAACCCUCUUCCUGGAGGAUUACUGCUCCCCCCCGCAGGUGGAGGAGGCCAGGAACCUCAGCAAACACACGGCGGUGGGGAUCCCCCUCCCCAAGGACUGAAGCUGUUUGAGAGGGAAACCGCCCUCUGUUCUCACGUUCUGCUCAGCGGGUCAGGAGCGUGUCAAACACAUUAAAGAGGGAAGCUGGUCCCACCAGCACUGGGGUUUAGUUAACAAAGGUGAUGGUGCAGCACUGCCAUGGCAGCUGGGCCGAGCACGCAGCUAAAACUGCCAGCAAAUAUUUAAAAUAAAGCAGGUCAUGGCUGUUGGAGAGCAGUUUGCCAAGUGCAGCCCAGCACUCAGCUUGCACAAAUAACCCUUCCCAGCAGCAGGGGGUUUUCUGCUUGGGUUAUUGAGCAGCUUAUAUCCCCUCCAGUUCCUGGCUGAUUUUGCUGCAGCUCUCCCCUUCAGUGUCAAUGACAACUGACACGGAGUGUCAUCUCAAAUGACUUCAAAAUGCCACAGAAAUUUAUUCCUCCUGCAGAGAAAGAAGGUGUUUUCCUGCCCUGGCAGUUCACCAUCUUUCUCCAUCCCUGUGGAACUAGUUAUGCCACCCUCUCAUCGUGGCAUAGGCACCUGAGUCACUGCACAGGGCAAGCUGUAACUAUUCUUUAAAUCAAAAAGUGGAAAGUUGUUUUUCUUUCAUUACCAUUGGUGAGGAAGGUGAAGAUUU